GUAGAGAAAAUAAAGAAACCGCUUUAUAAAGUAUAUAUUCGUAGCUUAAAUGUGAAAAGCACAUUUAAAGGAAAAGUUAACGGGAUUUUUCCACUGAAAGGAAUACGAAACUACCGUAAAAAUUUACGACUGACUUCCGGAAACAACUUCGGAGCAGAACAGAUUUGUCAUCGAUAUCGGACCAAGAUUUGUUGAUCAUUUAGGCAAAAGAAGAAGCAGCAUUUACAAGUGAAACAGGCAAAAUGCCGGUGUUUCACACAAAGACAAUAGAAAGUAUUCUUGAACCAGUUGCACAACAGGUAUCAAGACUGGUUAUUUUACAUGAGGAAGCAGAAGAUGGGAAUGCCAUGCCAGACCUCGGUCAGCCUGUUAUGACAGUAAAGACUGCAGUAGAAAAUCUAGUUCGAGUUGGUUAUGAUACAUGUAAUAGCAGUGAUGAUCAGAUUCUCAAACAAGACAUGCCACCAUGCCUCAAUCGUGUGGACGAAGCCUCACUGUUCCUACUCCAGGCUUCAGACAUGCUCAGGGCAGACCCUUUCUCUGCUGCUGCCAGGAAAAAGUUGAUUGAAGGAUCAAGAGGUAUUUUACAAGGUACUUCUCAGCUUCUAUUUUGUUUUGAUGAAUCUGAAGUAAGGAAGAUAAUCCGUACCUGUAAAGGUGUACUGGAAUACCUGGCUAUUACAGAAGUUGUGGAUAGUAUGGAGGACUUAGUAACCUUUGUAAAGAACUUAAGUCCAGUAUUAACUAACAUGACAAAGCUUGUGGAUGGUCGAGAAAAGGAACUAACACAUCAAGUUCAUCGUAUGAUGCUAAUACGUUCUUUGGAUGAAGUUAAGAAUUUAACACCAGUCUUAAUCAGUGCCGUCAAGAUGUUUAUUACUGCCAAACACACAAAUGCUGGUGCCCCAGAAGCUCAGUCAAACAGAGAUUACAUUGUACGUAAGAUGUCUGACGAGGUACAGGAAAUAAUCCGUGUCCUACAGCUGACGACGUACGAUGAAGACGAAUGGGAUGCUGAUGACGUCACUGUCAUGAAGAAAUCAGUUAAUGCUAUAGAACAAAAGAUGAAGCCAGCUUUUGAUUGGUUAGCUGAUCCAGCAGCUUUAGUUGGUAGCUCAGGUGACAAGGCUCUAAGUCAGAUUUUAGAAGAUGCUCGUAAAGUUGCUGAGAGAUGUACAGACCCUGCUGAUAGGGAUCGAAUUCUUAAAACUGUAGGAGACAUUGACUCUAUGAAAAAUGCCUUGUCAGAACUCAGAGUUCAAGGAAAGGGAAGCAGCCCUCAGGCCAUGUCCCUUGCCAGAGAAAUACAGAAUAAGUUGAAGGAUCUUCAGAAUCUAACACAAGCAGGAACCAUGAAAACAGAAAGGUCUGGCAUUCGUAAACCUGCACCAACAGUAGAAGGCAAGGUAGAACAAGCAAGGCAAUGGUUGGCAAAUCCUGCAUUGGAUGAUAGAGGUCUAGGUGAACAAGCAACUAAACUAGUUGUAGCUGAAGGUCGUAAGGUUGCUGACUCCUGUACUGGGCCCCAGAGAUCUGAAUUAUUGAGACUUUGUGAUGAGACAGAGAUACUGACUAAUCAGCUAUCAGAUCUUAUCAGAAGAGGACAGGGUGAUUCUCCUCAAGCUAAAGCCAUAGCUAGACAACUUACUGAGAAACUUCACAACCUUCAGGCUAAAAUCCAGGAGGCACUUGUUAAUCAGGUAGCAGAAGACUUUAUAGAUAUAACAGGACCACUUAAACAACUUCAUGAUGCUGCACUGACACCACUAGGUGUUCCAGGAAGGGAGGAGAAAUUUGAUGAUAGAGCUAGGAACUUUGAAUCUCAUGCUUCUAAACUGGCUGACACUGCCAACAUGGUUGCCACAGCUGGUGGCUGUAACAACAAACAUACAGUUCAAGAAAUCUUCAAAACUUCUAAUCAGGUAAAUGAUCUGACACCACAAGUGAUCACCGCAGCCAGAGUACUAUUUGCAAAUCCAAACAAUCAGGCUGCUAUAGAACAUUUUGAUCAGAUGAAGAAUCGCUGGGCUGGUAAUGUUGAGAGACUAAGAGCUCUUGUUGAUGAGGCGGUGGAUACUCCUGCCCUUAUUAAGGCUGAAGAGGAAGGUAUUUUAAGAGACACUGAUCGGGUUGAAGAAGGUAUCCGAGGCAAAGAUCCACCAAAGAUUGUGGCAAAUGCUUCAAACAUUGCCCGACGAGCUUACAGAGUAUUACAAGUAGGAGAGAAGGAAGUAGAAAAUAGUGAAGAUCCUGCCUACAUUGACAGGGUUAGAGACUCUGCCAAUACACUAAGAGAUACAAUAACACCAAUGGUACAACAUGCAAAGAACUUGUCCAUGAACCCUGGUGAUAGUAAUGCUGCCACAAACUGGAGGAAAGCUAACCAAGCUUUAAUAAAUGGUGUAGCAGGUGUAAGGGAUGCAGUGACUGUGAGUAGAGGAGAAGAUAUGUUUCCUCCACCACCCCCUCCAGACCUCUCUCAACUCAAUAUCAAUGAUGGCAUUACAGGAACAGCAAGGAGGACAAUUUCUCCAAUUUCUAUUUCUGUUCCAGAUCAGUUUGCAGAUAGCCAUUACACCAUGGUUGCUCCAGAAGCUACAAUGAGGCAGGAGAAGGGAUAUCAGGGGCAACAUGCUGCCCCUCCUGUCCCCCCACCACCAGUUCCCCCACCCCCAAGGGAUCCAUAUUAUGGCUAUUAUGAUGAUGGAGAUAUACCACCUCGUCCACCACUGCCUCAUGAGACUGCCCCUGCCAGACCCCCACCCCCUGAUACAGAUGACGAAGAAGAUUUCCCUGUCCCACAGGCUAACCAACCUAUCAUGAUGGCAGCACAUGCCCUCCAUAUGGAGACAAAGCAGUGGUCAAGUAAAGAUAAUGAGAUUAUAGCUGCAGCGAAAAGAAUGGCUCUCCUAAUGGCCAAACUAAGUCAGUUGGUCAGAGGUGAAGGUGGUUCUAAGAAAGAUUUGAUAGCCACAGCUAAGAAUAUAGCUGAGUCAUCAACAGAGGUGGCAAAACUGGCACAGAAGUUAGCUGCUGAAUGUACAGAUAAAAGGAUGAGAACGAACUUAUUGCAAGUUUGUGAGAGAAUUCCGACAAUUGGUACCCAGUUAAAGAUUUUAUCAACAGUGAAGGCAACCAUGUUAGGAGCUCAAGAACCUGUACCAGCCCCAGACGGUGGUGAAAUAUCUUGCGGUUCAGAAGAGGAUCAAGAGGCCACUGAAAUGUUAGUCGGUAAUGCCCAGAAUCUGAUGCAAGCUGUGAAGGAAACAGUCCGUGCUGCUGAAGCUGCCUCCAUCAAGAUCCGUGUAGACUCUGGGUACCAGAUUCGCUGGCAUCGUAGAAGACCCUGGUACACCACCACCUCUUAAGAAAACCAUUGUUAGGAUUUUUAAAUUAAUAGACAUUACAGCUGAAAAUAAGAGAUAUAUUUUGCAAUCAUUUUUACAUAUUCUUAGAAGAACUAUUUAAGAUAGUGUUAGAUUUGUUAACAGAAAAAAGUUGAAUAUACAAGAAAAAAAUGUUUGUUUUAUAAAGCAUUUGAUAUAUUGAUAGUGAUGACUUGGAAAAUUUUGAUUUGAAACUUAAUCAUGGAAUAAUUCAUCUAAUUUGAUGAAAAAUUAGUGCUUUUUUUUAGAUUUAGCAAAAUAUGCACACAACUAGUGACUGCUGAUUAUUUUUUCCACAAUUUUAGAUGUGUAAAUGUUUUGCAUGGUACAUAUAUUGUAUAUUUAUUCACACUUUUCAUUCAUUAUUUAUGUAAUAUUACAAAUGUAUGUGGGUUUAUUGUCAGCAUUAAUUUACAGCUUCCUGUUGUUGGGGUAACUUAAGGAAAUUUUACUUAAACCCCAAAUGCCCUUUUAAAUAUUGCUUAUUGUAUAACUGCAAUAUGUCUGAUAUUUAGACUAUGAGUCUGUAGCAUGUUGAUAAACUUUACUUUCAAUUGUGUGAACAAAUAUUUUUUACCAAAUUUAUCUAAAAGUUAUAACAAUUUGCUUACACUUUCUAAUGUUGUUUUAGGUGUAGUACUUAAAACAUAUUUGAUAUGAUGACACUCAACAAAUAAAGAUCAAGCUAUCAAUAAGUACUAUCAGAUCGAAUACCAUAAGUCAGUUUAACAUUAGUUCUAUUGUCAGACCCAGUUUAAUCUUUCCAGUGUGCUAUAUCAACUUUGACAACUUUAACAAUAAAUGUCCUUUGAAAAUUUGCUUAAUUUAUGAAUACAUCCAUUUAAUUUACCUGGCUCAUAGUUGGGUUAAGUGAGAUUAAUGCAGAAUAAAUUUGCUAACAUUACCAAUUUUUUUCAGACAAAGUACUCUUACCUACUUUUAGAGAGUGUAUUUGAAGUAAAAAAAAAGUCAAUUAAUACUCUUGAUGGAACAAGAUACAUUAAUUUUCUCAUUAGUUAUAGAAUAUGUUUUGUUUUGAAAGUCAGUCCAUCUGUGAAAUUGUUUCAUUUUGAUUUGAUCAUGCUUUAUUUGGAAAGUUUGGUAUGUUUAUUUUAUAGUAUAUAGAGUUUUUAGUUCUUUAAACAUGUGAAAAUAAAUGGUGCUAUGUAUAUAGAAUAUGCAAAUAAAUAUGUUGUUCUACAUUGAUUUCUAUCGAUAUCAGAUUUGAUGCAUUUUAUAUUGUCAUGUGAAUAAAUGAUGUUACAUAUCUGUAAUCAGAAGCCAUUUUCAUGUAAUAUCUUACAGAAUUCUUCAGAGGUCAUGGAAAAUUCAGUAUGACUAACUAUCAGUUCUAUGUAAGUUUUUGUUAAAGGAGAUACAGAUUCUAUGCAAAACAAUCUGAGAUAGAUGAUUUUUGAAAUUGAAUGAAAAAGAUAUAUUUUUUUUGUAAAUCUAUAUUGCCAUCAUGGGAAGUCAAUCAAAGUUAACUCUAAAAGAGUUAUGUAAGCAUACAAUUGUAGAUUAAUAGUAAGCUAGGCAUUCUGAUGUCAGUAAAAAAAUUUCUUGUUUACUCUGGUUAAAAAUGGUCGAGUUUUGUCGUACCUCUAGCACUGAAAUGGAAAUAAUUGAUUGUUUUUUACUAGAGAUAUAUAACUUUUCCUCUCUUUGUGGUUUGGAUGAUUUUUGAAAAAGCCUUAAUCUACAAUUAUAAUGUGAGGUUAGUUGUUGUGAAUUGUAUUACUAAGAUAAAGUGUACAUUUUGAGACAAAACAUGUUGAGAUGUUAUUAUUUUUUAGUUUUAUUUAAUAUAUUGCUUGUUUGGUUUUUUAAUUAAUUAUAAUUUGUUUUUGUUUUUGUUUGGAUUUAUCUUGAUAAGUACUGUUUUUUACUUAAUAAUAGAUAUGAAGAACAUUUUUUUUUACUUAGAAAAAGAAAUGGUGACACAUCAUUUUAUCAAGAAUCUACACACUGAAUAUAAUACAUUUCUAUGUUUUUGUGAUCUUGAAAUUAUUUUUGAAAUAAUAUCAAUUUACAAUUUUGACUAUUGCAAAAUUUUGUACUAAAUUUGAAAAUCUCAGAAGUUCUCUUUUAUAUUUUGAUAAUUUUAUGUGUUGUACAUAAAGUGUUGAUUUGAAGAAAUGAUUCAAAAAUACUUAGUGGAAAGAAUUGUAGAUUGAAUUAAAGAUUGCAAUUUACAUGAUAUUUCAAAUAGUAAAGGUUUUUUUAGCAGUGAAAAUUCACUAAUGAUUAACUAAUUCAACAUAGAAAAUUUGAAAUUAUGAAAAAUAAUAGAAAAAAUAAUAAUAUAAAAACAAAUGAAUAUUUUAGAAAUAGGGGAGUCUUUGGCAGUAAGAAAUGAAUAUGUAAAUAACACGAGAAAACACAUAUUUUAGCUACAAUGGGGAUGCCCCCUGGAUGUGCCCAUGAUAUAAUUUUUUGUUAACCUCUUGAGAUCCAUUUGAUAUUACUGUAAACUUGAGGAAAAAAAGAGAUUACAUUUAUGAAGUAUUGUUAUGUGUUUAAUACCUAUUGAAGUAAAUCAUUCUCAUACAGUCAGACUGUUAUAUGGGUAUUCAAAGAUGUUUUUUAAUGGAGUAAAACAUUCUCAUAUAGUCAGUCUUUUGUAUGGGUAUUAAACAUUUUUUAUAAAGAAAGUAAUUCUCAGUUUAAGAAAAGUGUUCAUGUGUAAAUUUAUGAGUUAUUUAGAUUCACUUUUACUUAUUGUCUCACAACUGCAAAUUUAGUGGCACAAUUUGUUUAAUACCACAGUAUUUUUGAAUAUAUUAAAAUAUUAUAUAUGCCUUUGUAGCUGCUAGUACAACCUCAUCAUGAUGUUGUUAACCUAACCUAAGUGAACAAAAACAGGAAGUUUUACUUGUGUGGAUUUAGUUUAACUCCUGUAAAUCUUCUAUAUCCUUGUUUAUUUGUAAUUUAAGAAUUAAAUACUAAGACGAAAUUUAUUCUAAAACAUGAUUUUCUUGGGAAUCUUUGUAACCUAAAUUAUCCUAUGAAAUAAGAUAAAAGAAAGACUAUUUUUGGAUGGAAGGGGAUCUGUGAUGCAGUAUAAAGUGCAAAAAAAAAAACAUAUGCAACAUAUUUUAGACAUUUCUUUUUUGAAAUUUUAAUUGUUACUAGUAAAAGAUGUUUGAAAUGCUACAUAUUUCAAUAACAGUUUUUUUUCCAACAUCCUUUGCAUUCAGUCCUGCAUCUGAAAAAUUUCUUUGAAAGAAAGUUGUAUAGGUGUCAAAUCCUAUGGAAAAAAGGUUUUCAAAAUAUGUGUUUUUGGCAUGAAGCAUAUGGUUGAGGUUAUUGUUGACAGGAGACGAAAUGCACAAUUGAUAUUUAGUGCAAUUAAAUAAAACUUUUUUUUUGCUGUUUAAGUUCCAUGGAUGCAACUUUUAACAUAACUAUAGUAAAUAUUGUAUUUUCUUUCUUUUAAGAAAGUUUUUGAAUUUAAUGUGAUUUCAUGAGCUAUCUGUUGACUUUUAAAAGUUGAGAAACAAAAACUAAUUAAAUCUUGGUCUGAAAGGUCAAUAAUAUUAUAUGUAACAACAGCAAUGACUUGUAAUACCAUAGAUAGUCUUUCAUAUUUACCCAGUUGUUAGUUUAUAUAUAGCUAUUGGCUUAUUUGUACAAGAUAUACAACUUUACAACCAAUAAACAUUUUAUAGAAAUAGAA